CCUGCACAAGGCAUUUUCCCAAAACAAGCCAAGUACUGCAAUGGCACACACCACCCUUUUCCUCUUAGCCCUCCUGGGAUGCCUGUGUCUGGGCCUGGCAUCUGGAAUGAGAGGGGAUUCAGACCUGACUGUGGAGCUCAGGGAGCUGAGGGUCCUGGUCAAGGACAUGGAGGCCAAGCUGAACGACUUCGGCACUAAAGACGGGGACCUGAAAGCCCUGGAGACACGACUGAAUGCCAAGGAGCAGCAGCUGGAGAAACUCCAGUCUGAGGUGCAGCGUCUGGGGAAGGAGAACCAAGAAUCGACGAAGGUGGCUUUUUCUACAUCUCUUUCGUCCUCUGGUGAGGUUUUCCUGGAUCACAGUUCCCCAAAUGUGGUCUAUAAGCAUAUCUUCAUUAAUGCUGGAAAUGCCUAUGACUCCAAAACAGGAGCCUUCACUGCUCCUGUGAAGGGCCUCUACUACUUCAGCUUCAGCACGUUUGGCUACAACAACUUCCCGGGUGGCACUAUUCUCAAUAAGAAUGGACGAUUGAUGGUCUCGACGUACGAGUUCAGCACCAGCAGCGAUCAAAGUGACACUGGAGGGAACUCUGUCAUUCUGCAGCUGGAGGCGGGAGAGAAGGUCACCAUGACACUCUGGCAUAAAUCCCAUGUGUUCGACAAUGACAACCACCAUACCACCUUCAGCGGCUUUCUGCUUUUCCCCUUAUAGAUGAAUUUAGUGCUCAAAUUUCUCUUAACAUGCUCAAACAUACGCUUCUUGUCGCUGGCUUGGUAAACCUAGAGCUAUGGAUUCAGAGGAUUCCUUUUUAGUUCCUAGUGAUCUCAAAGCAAAUUGAAAAAGUGUGUACCUGUACUAUAGAAAUAUGAUUAUGCUUGCAAUAAACAAACCAUGGAAAAUAUAA